AUGAGGGGGUGGUUUGACGCUUUCCGCGAGGAAGGCGGGCCGACCCUAUAUGCUUACCACAACCGUACUGCAGUUGCUGCCGAUGUACCAGCUCUCGCACUACUAGUGGCUGCCCUAACGUUAUACCUCGCGUUCUUAGUCAUCUUUCCAGGCAUCAGGAAGGAGAGAUUCUCUACAUUUACAAUCGUCACCCUCAGCCUGUUUGUAGGAACUGUGAUUUUAGUAUGUAAGCACGGGUCGUCAUGGCAUGUUGCGGGGGCGCGGGUGGCCCGCGCCGCAUACCGCGCGUUCUCUACAGAGCGUCUAGACUGCUGGCUUGCCGUUCAUGUCGGCUUGGGCCACGUCAAUGUUACACUCACAGCUUUGUCAUGGGGCAACUUAUCAAAGGGUGACCCUGGUGUGGACUACAAUGAACAGUUUAGGUGGGAGGAGGCAGGGGCCAUUCAGGAUUGGUAUCGUGCCGGUCUCUCGCGAGGUCUACCAUACCCCGUCCUAUCUGUCGCUGAACAUUUUGCAGCGGAACACGAAGGUUUUGAGUGGGGUGCUAAGUAUCGAGCAGCUGGAUAUACAACAGCGACUCUACUUUGGACGUCGUUAGCUUUAUGGCUACUGAUGAAUCUUCUCUUAGUGGUUGUACCGAGAUAUGGAGCGUAUGCGAUGGCUUCGUUAGGGGUUACCUUAUGCACAGCGGCCGGAGGCUAUUGGGCUUCGUUGCCCCACGUGCCUCUUAUAGUAAGGAUUGAUGGAGCUAUGCUGUUCUUCUCGUUAGGAUGGUGUUUUUGGCUAGUAUUAACUGCAGGUUGUAUAUGUGUAGUAGUCGGAUUAUUAAUAGCUGCAUUAGAUCUAGUGUGGCCACAUAAGUUCUCUACAGUAUUAGAAGUAGACUACGAUACACCAUAUGAUAGACACGUACUUAUAGUAGACAGUCGGCAGCGUGCCAGACCCCAGACACAAAGUUCACUGCCUUCUAGGAUACUGAGGAGAUUAUCAUCAAAGACGCGGGAUCCAGAACGGCAAGUAUCAAUGUCCGUUGUGAAUGAAAGUGGAGGUCGAGAUAAUCCCGCCUUCCAGCAUGAGCAGCGGAAACCCAAUUCACCUUGGAGAUACCCACUGUUCAGGCGGCAAAUUGAUCGUGUUGAUUCGGCAUCAAGCUUAGGUUCAAGUAUAAACGGAAACAAUCCUGGAAUCAAAAUGUCACCUUUAGCAAGCAGUCCGCCUUCAAACUCGCUUUCAAUGUCACCGCAGAGGUAUCGGCCCCAAAUACCUGCGGCGGAACGAGUAAAAGAUAUGUGG